AUGUCAAACAGAAGUCUGAGCAUUGGAUGUGCCAAAACCUCAUCAUGUGGAUUUCUAAAGACAACCAUAAUCUGUGAUUAUUAUCCUGCUGGAGGUCUACCUGGAGCUGAUCCUUACAAGAAAUUUGUAGUAACACCCAAACCAACUACAACUCCAACUCAGACACCAACCCAAACUCCGACUCAGACACCAACCAAAACACCAACUCAAACACCUACACAGCCUCCAACACCAACACCCACAACACCACCUGUCAGUCCCAACGACUCUGAUUGGAGAACAAAGAACAUUCUAACACCAGUCAAAUCCCAAGGAAACUGUGGAUCAUGUUGGAGCUACGCUUCUAUUGCUCAUAUUGAGGCCAAGUACAUGCAAAAGUAUGGAGGCGAUCCAAACACAGCCAUUGAUCUAUCGGAACAACAAAUGGUCAACUGCUUGCCAUAUGGAUGUGCUGGUGGGUGGUAUACCAAGAUCUUUAGAACGUUUGCAACCGGUAUCCAAUCGGAAGCAGACAUCCCCUACGUCGCAAAGAAUGACACGUGUGUGCACCAACCGGACCGACCGCAUGUCAAGUGGGCCUCUUGGAAGUUCCUGCACAACACCAAGCAAGCCAUUAUCGAUGAGCUUCAGAAUGGUCCAGUGGUGACUGGUGUUAUGUCAGACACAACGUGGAGGAACUACAAGAGUGGUAUUUUGAACUGUGCUGUAAAGUACAAUGAUACCAAUCAUGUGAUCGUGAUCGUAGGCUACAAUACCUAUAAUGACUACUGGAUCGUAAGAAACUCUUGGGGUACCAAAUGGGGAUAUGGCGGAUAUGCCUACAUCAAUGCAACCAAUGAUGAUUGCUACAUGAUUGGUAUCAAUAACCCUGCUGUAGUAAACUUCUAG